AUGCUCUUCUCAAUUCCAAUUGUCCUGACAUUCGUUGCCGGUGCGCUCGCUGGAGGGUACGGGCCACCGCCCCCGAGAAACUGUCUGAACAAGACCGGUGUCGACACUCUUGUCAAUGGCUAUACGUACCUGCUGGAGCACCCCCUCGGCCCAGACUUCAACAGCACCGCCGAGGCGAUCCUGUCCGACAAGUUCCAGGUGCUCUCCGACUCCAUCCUGACGCUGUCUCAGCGACCCCUCGGCCAGCCCGCGUACCCGAGCAAGCAGGCCUACAUUGACAGCCAGGCCCAGACGCCCCCACUUCCGGUGGUCGAUACCCUGGGUGUGUUCAACACCUGCGACAAGAUCAGCUGGCGGUGGAGGGCCACCGGAAUUGGGAGCAACCAGUUUGAGAUCAACGGCAUCAUCAACUUCGACGUCAACCCCGAGACUGUGCAAAUCGACACGGUCUACUCCGAGUUCAACACGGCUGCCUUCCAGGCUGACCGGGGCUUUCCUGAGUGUCAGCAGGGGGGAAGUAACGGCAGUGCCGUCUAG